GUUCUCAGCUACUUAUCUAACUGAGUGUUUUUGCUAAAUCAUUUGCAUAAACUACUAAAACUAAAAAUUUAGCAAACAAGAUGUCGCCGGUAGCUACAUAUUUGUAUUUGACGACUGUUGUUUUACUCCUUGCCGGCAAUAUGCUAAGAAUAAAUGGAAAGCCUUUUGCACAACCAGCAAUGAAAGUAGUAAUAAAUAAACCAGAAACAACAGUGAUAAUAGGGGAUGAGUUUGCAAAAAAACUGAUGUCAAAGUCAAAUUAUAGAAAGACGUCUGCAGAGAGAAAUAAUGAGGAGAACAUUAAAUUUGUGAUAAAUAACUUUAGAGUAAAUGGAGAUUCUACUCAAGCGGAGGAGGAGACAAGUGACACUAAAACUGUCACAAAUAAUAGUUUGCAAGUGAAAAAGGCGACAGAUGAUAUUGAAAUUAUGGCAAGACAAUUUUCUGAGGAGACAUCUCAUUCAAUAACAUAUGAGAUCUUUCCAGUAUCUUCUGGUGAAGGUCAUUAUAGUGAAACAACUAGGACUCCCGGUAAUUCUUCAAGUAGUUCGAGUGCUUAUAGUUCCUCCUCUAGUUGUAGUGAUAGUAAAAGCGAUUCAGAAUAUUAUACGAAAGAGGUAAUAAUGGAAGAAAGCGACGAGACUAAUACAGAUUAUCUCUAGGAGAUGAAUUUUAUACAGUUAUAUCGGAUAGGAAAUCAUUAUGAGCACUCUGAUGUAUUAUAUCUUUGAUUCAAGCUAGACGCUUGUAUGUAUGUAAAUAAAAUAUCUUUAAUUAGCUUUGA